AUGGAUAUUGAUUCUCAAUUCUCCACUGUACUAGGUAGAACUUCUAUUUUUAUCGGCACCCGAUCUUCCCCCAACACACCUGCGAUGGCUCAGAACAUCAUUCUCCACCUGGACUAUGACUGUUUCUACGCCUCGGUCUUCGAGGUCGAACAGCCCGCCUUGAGGUCCCUGCCCCUCGCCGUCCAGCAAAAGCAGAUCGUGGUGACCUGCAACUACGAGGCCCGUCGACGAGGCCUGCACAAGCUGCAACUCAUCAAGGAUGCCAAGCGCAUCUGUCCGGACGUGGUCAUCGUGCUGGGGGAAGACCUGACCAAGUUCCGCAAUGCCUCCAAGGAGCUGUAUCUUCUGGUCCGGGCCUUGGUCUGGGGUGGCCGAGUCGAGAAGCUGGGGUUUGAUGAGCUGUUUUUGGACGUUACGGAGAUGAUCGACUAUAAUGUCGAGAUGCUGAAUCCUAAUGAUUUGGCUCAUUCCUUUUUUCAUCUCGAUCGUCAAGAUCCCACCGAGGGGUUCAUCUACGAUGCCAGCCACUUCUGUGGCUCUACUUUCCCCGUAACGGAGGUCGCACUCGCUACCCCGGACCUCUCAUCGCUGGGGAUGAGAUUGCUGGUUGCUUCGCAUCUUCAAGGUCAUAUCCGAAGCAAGCUCGAGCACCAGAUUGGAUUUACGGCCACGGGUGGGAUUUCGACGUCGAAACUACUGGCCAAGCUGGUCGGCAGUGUUCACAAGCCCAACGGCCAAACGACCUUAUUACCGCCAUACGAAUCUACCCCAGAGGAGGACAGCAAUGUCCUGAAAUUCCUAGACGAACACGAGAUUCGCAAAAUCCCUGGAAUCGGGUCCCGAAUGGCCCAGAAGCUCAAAACGCACCUGACCGGAAAAGAAGACUCCGACGAGAAAGUCACCGUCCGAGAUGUGCGACUCUUUCCCGGCAUGGGACCAGCCUCACUAGAGAAGAUCCUCGGCGGACCAGGCUCCGCGAAAGGAAUCGGAAGCAAAAUGUGGAAUGUGCUCCAUGGCGUGGACACCUCCGAGAUCCUCGAGGGGCGAGACCUGCCAACUCAAAUCAGUAUUGAAGAUUCCUACGGCCGUCUCGAUACCCUGGAGGCAGUGCGACGGGAACUCGUAGUAUUAUCACGAAGCCUAAUCCGGCGCAUGAGAACCGAUCUCGUCGAUGAAACCUCUCGGUGGCGAGCGCACCCUCGUACCCUGCGGCUCUCGACACGACCACGACCUCCGCCAGGUUCCGAGACGGGCCGCACAUACCAGUCGAACCGGAUUUCACGCUCUGUGCCUCUCCCCGGGUUUGUUUUCCACCUGGAGGAACAUGUCGAUGCGCUGGCGGAACGAUUGGUCCAGGAGAGUGUUUUGUCGAUGUUUCGGCGCCUGCAUCCGGAUAAAUCGUGGAAUCUCAGCCUGUUAAAUCUCGCCGUGACCAAUCUGGUGGAGAGUGCGGGGGAACAACAGAGUCGGGAUAUUGGGAAGAUGUUUCAGCAACAGGUGGAAGCCGAGGUUGAUGUCUCAGAUGAAUGGGAUGAUGAACCGUUGGCGAGUCUGGACUGUGUCCUCUGUGGAUAUCCCAUUCCACUUUUUGCCAUCGAGGCACAUCAAAUGUACCACGCCCAGUGA